AUGCUGUCGUCGUCGCUGGACAUCAGCUCGACGUCGCUGGAGCGCGCGCGCAAGCGGCACCGGUUCCGGAACCCCUGGUACGACCGGCGCUUCGCCGGCGCGAUCCGCUGCGCGCUGGUCGUCGCGGCGCUGCUGAGCGGCACCAUGUUCCUGCGGACGUCGUCCGCGGCGCGCGCCGCGGAGAGCCUCGACGCGCGGCUGCACCCGCUGCUCCUGUCGCGCGACGACGACGCCCAGUACGCCGAGGAGUUCAACUUCACGGCGAGCCUGCCGAAGAAGGCCAAGGCGCCCAAGGCCGACAAGAAGAAGGGCAAAAAAAACAAGAAGGAAAAAAAGGCCGACAAGAAGAAGGACGAGAAGAAGCGGGGCGACGCGAAGAAGCAGGCCGAGCCGGCGGUCUGCGAGACGGGCCUCAUGAGCGCGCCCGGCGACGUGCGCGCCUGCUGCGCGCCCCACUGCGGCUCCUGCGACUCGGCGUGCGGCGACGCGGCGUGCUGCGCGCCCGCGAUCAUCGAGACCGGCCUCGUGUGCCGCGGGCCCUUCGACUCCCAGUGCGUCUGGGCGCGGGACGCCGCGGCCCACCUCGAGGCCGUCGCCACGUCGGGCAUGAUGCCGCCGCGCGGCGAGGCCACGGACUACGAGCUCGACCCGCGCAGCCCGCUCGCGACGGCGGCGUCGCUCGAGGACUUGGAGGCCAUCGUCGCGGAGCUGCCCGUGUCGCGGCGCCGGGCCUACGUGCUCCACAUGGACCCCGCGAAGUACCAGCUCGGCGACCCCGGCCGGGGGAGCUACCCGCUCGCGCCCCAGCUCUCCUACCUGCCCAAGCGCUUCGUUGUCCAUUUGGGCAUGCGCCUCCGCCUCCGCGACAACACGGUCGUCCUCGCGCUCGGCGGCGCGGUCACGGGCACGCGCAUCUACUGCGCCUACGUCGACGACGAGUCCGACGUCAAGCCCACGCGCGUCAUGCUCACGCCCUUCACGUCCGUGACGGACAUCGUCGCCCACGACGACGCCGACGUCCGCGCGGCCGCCGCCGCGUACCGCGCGCUCUGGCGGGCGAACCCCGUCAUCAAGGAGGUCCAGUCGACGCACUGGAACGAGCACCGGACCUUCGAACGCGCCGGCUGA